CCCGUUCCUUGCGUUCUCAGGCAUACAAGCAAGCUGCCGGUGUAUUACUCCGGCCUUUCUUGCGAAAGUGCGAUACGUGCGAGAGCUGCGUGAAUGCCACCGUGUGUUUAGAACUACAUAACGGUUCUCGCCUUCCGCGGACUAACCCUCGCGUACAUUGUCCUUCUCUUAUUAUUCUACGUCAUCUCUGGAACAUCGAAAUCAAUCUGACAGCAUGUUGUUUACCCUUAUUACGCGAUUCCGAUCCGCAGAUUCUUCGCGUUGCUGGCGCUCGCUGAGAGUACGACCUUGCCGCCGAGGAUGCUACAAGAUUUGGGUAGGCGUACGAACGCCUCGAUGGAGAGGUAUGAUCAAGCGGAACGAAUGAUUCUGAAUUCGAAGACGCAUCUGAGUAGAGGUUCACCCUCGUGGUAUCUUGGUGCUUCUCAUGAGAUGACCAAAGAUGCUCAAAAUCUUUCAAGGAAGGCUUUACGGAUCGAAACUAUGUCUGUGAUGUUGGUAGAAGCUUUGAAUAUGUCUUCAAAGGAAGCCUCAUCUGUUCUACCUUCAGUCGCUGCGUUUGGCUGUUCAGAUCCCCCAAAUCUCUUGAAGAUCAUGUCUGAAUGUAAGAAGAUCGAUCCACGAUAUAGAUCCUUCACUGGAAGAUGUAACAACGUGUUACAUCCAACCUGGGGUGCUGCUUUAGAGGCCUACAUCAGACUUCUACCACCAGAAUAUCAAGACGGAGUGUCUUUGCCACGAACUGAUUUACCUAGUUCCAGAGAAGUCUCUUCCACUAUUCACUCGGGUGGUCAAGAUCUGAAACAUCCAUAUCUGAUGGCACUUACAGCAUUAUUCGCCCAAUUUCUUGCUCACGAUCUAGCUCAUACACCUAGGAUGGAGCUACCGGAUGGUACCAGAUUGAAAUGUUGCGACGUUGAUUAUGAAAAUUUCCAUCCCGAGUGUUUCCCAAUUAAAGCUGAUAAUGCGAUCGGCUGUAUGGAGUAUUCUAGAUCUGCACCACAUCCUGGUAAUUCCUUACAAGCUUGCAAGCUGGGUCCACGGCAGCAGAUUAAUCAAGCCUCCUCUUACUUGGAUUUAUCUCCGCUGUACGGUAGCUCGGAGGAAAUAUCCAAAGCCUUGCGUUCGGGCAAAGGUGGCUUGUUGAAUACUCAAAGAAGAAACUUACCGAUGCCAUCACCGGAGUCUGAAACUUGUAGAAGUGUGAACAAAGCUUUCCCUUGUUUCCUCAGUGGUGAUUCCAGAGUGAACGAACAUCCUGGCUUAACACUGAUGCACGUAAUCUUUCUACGUGAACACAAUCGAGUAGCUGAGCAAUUGGCCAAGUUGAAUCCUCAAUGGGACGACGAGAAACUCUAUCAGGAAGCUAGAAGGAUCGUCAUUGCUGAAAUGCAACAUAUAACUUACAACGAGUUCCUACCUGUCAUAUUUGGAGAAACGGGUUUGGACAAAUUCGACUUGCGGCUAUCCCAAGAAGGAUACUUUCGAGGAUACGAUUCACGCACUGAUGCGACUCUUUCGAAUUCGGCAGCCUCAGCAGGUCUCUUUUUCGUUGCUGCACUCACACCAAAAACACUCGAUCUCGUGGACUCUAGAUCUGCCCUGAAAUCUGGGGAAAGGUCUCUCCUCUCGGCCUUCUACGCACCUCAAGAAUUAUACGAGGCGGGUGCAAUCGAUCGAUUGAUAGCAGGAGCUACAGCGGGACAUUCUAGGAAGCCUUUACCCCCCGGCUUGAACGAAAUCCUUCUGGAGCGAUAUUUCCAUGAUGGGAAGAGCAAUGACGUGGCCGUUGAUUAUGCUGCUCAAAUCAUCCAACAGGGCAGAGAUCAUGGUUUACCAUCUUACGUCAAAUGGCGAACGUUUUGCGGUUUACCAGACGUUACCACCUUUCAGGAUCUUAAAGGCACGAUAGCCAAGGACAUCAUCGAAAGAUUACGACUAGUUUACAAAAAAGUUGAAGAUAUAGAUUUAGUGACAGGAAUACUCUCAGAAGCACCAGUAACUAAUUCGGUCCUUGGACCAACUUUUCUCUGUUUGCUAGGACGUACCUUCCGAAAUGUUCGUUUGGGCGAUAGGUAUUGGUACGAGAAUGCUAACACGCCAGGAUCCUUCAUGAUAAAACAAUUAGAAGAGAUUCGUAAAAGUACGAUGGCGCAAAUUCUAUGCAACAACGGAGAUCACUUAAAAUUAAUGCAACCAAGAGCAUUCAUUUUAAGAGAUCCUUUCUUAAACCAUAUGACAAAUUGUACGGAACACAUAAACAUAGGCCCAAAUCUGAUGUUAUGGAAAGAAAAGGAAGACACUUUUUAAGUUUUUUCAAUUCGAUCGAACGUAAUAACCAUUGAUCGUGAUCACUAAUUCUGUUCCUGACUUUACUAAAGAAUGUAAGAUUACCUAAUGCUCUAGAGAGAAGCGCGU